AUGAAAAGUGUUGUUGCAUCACCAACACGUCUUUCCUCUUUCUACUUUAGUCCAUCUGAAUCAACUCCAUCGUUUAAAAUUCAAAAUUGUAAAACGUUGGCUUAUAUUAUUGGUACAUUUAUCUAUUUAAUUAUUGGUGCAACAAUAUUUGAUAAAUUAGAAUCAAAACAUGAAGAUGUUCUACGUGAUAAGUAUGAAAAAAAUGUAAGUCCGUUUCAACGACAACACAACAUGUCUAAAAGUGAUUUUGAUCGUUUAACAACGAUUAUAUUAAAAAAUUACCAAUAUAAGAGAAAACAAUGGCAAUUUUUUGGAUCUUUCUAUUAUUCAACGGUUGUUUUGACAUUGGUUGGUUAUGGACAUGCUACACCAGCAACACGAUCGGGAAAAGCUGUGACGAUAGGUAAGAGUAACAAUUAUUCAACAACUAACUAUUAUUAUAAAGAAUUUAUUUUCUUCAUAGCUUAUGCUUUGAUUGGUAUUCCCAUGUCAUUAAUUAUGUUUCAAUCUGUUGGUGAACGUUUAAAUUCAUUAAUAACUUAUUGUCUUAAACGUCUAAAACGUCGGUUUAAAAAACGUGAACAUGUCACUGAUAUGGAACUAUUAACAUGUGAAGCAUUAUUGAGUGUAUUGACACUGUUAACUGGAUCAUACAUCUUUUGUUUGUAUGAACCAUGGGGUUGUUUCAAUUCAUCCUAUUACUGUCUACUAACACUAACCACAAUUGGAUUUGGUGAUUUUGUUCCACUACAAGACAAGAGUUAUAACGAAUAUCCAUGGCCGUACAAAAUUUUUACUAUUGGUUUUAUUCUCAGCGGUCUAACAAUUCUCGCUUCGUCAUCAAACUUACUUGUGUUAAAAAUGGUUGAAACAGAUACAAAUAGAAUUAAAAAUGAACAAAGUUUGGCACAAGAAAGAAGUAAACAUGCCGUACAUGUUGUCGGCGAUGUUAUUAGCGCAAAUGGACGUUUAAUAGCACUUGGAGAAACACCACCCGAGAGUAUGACACAAAUAUCAGAAAGUAUAUCGUUGUGUUCGUGUACAUGGAAUCAACCGUGUGCCCAACGUCAAUUUUGUUGUUUUAUUCUGAGAAAGCGUGGCAAAGUUACAGAAGAGAUAUAUCAACGUUCAUCACCCAGAAAAAAACAGCAUUCAAAUGAAACGCUUAAUCGUAUAAAAGAAGGAUCAUCGGUUAAUACAUUAACGAGAUCUUAUUUGGCUCUAGAUCAUGUUCGAUUACAAAAAAGAAAUUCUGUUUGA